AUGCAGAAGUAUCGUCGUUACUACCUCUCAGCUACUGAUGUAUGCUCGUUCGUGUCAGGCAACAAUAUAAAAGAAGAACUUCUGUUCUGUCACCCAAUGGAAAGUUGCACAACAGCAGAAGCUAUUUUUCAUGAUACAUCAAACUUUUUUCAGGAAAAUCAACUUUCUUGGGAAUCGCUGGCAGGGGUGUGUACUGAUGGAGCUCCAGCCAUGCUUGGUCUGCGGUCUGGGUUUGUCAAAGAAGGUGAAAGAAAAAAUCCCUUUUUAAUGAGUACACACUGCAUACUUCAUCGUGAAGCCUUAGCAUCCAGAACUUUGCCUGCUGAGAUGAUGGAUGUCUUAAAUGUGGCUAUCAAGGUAGUCAACUUCAUCAAAGCUGGAGCCUUAAACAGUCGUCUCUUCAAACUGCUGUGUAAGGAUAUGGAAUCCGAACAUGAAGCCUUGCAUUUUCACACGAACGUACGAUGGCUAUCAAAAAGGAAUAUACUUGGACGGCUUUAUGAGCUACGAGAAGAAGUAGCAAUAUUUUUAGAUUCACAGCAGAAGGCAGACUUUCAUGACAAUUUCCAGUCUGAAGGCUUUCAGAUAACUCUAGCUUACCUGGUGGACAUUUUUGAAGCAUUGAAUGCUGUGAACCAUAAACUACAAGGGAAAAGCAUCAACAUCAUUACGCACCAUGACACCAUUCGAGCCUUCAUGGCCAAACUCGACCUCUGGAAAUGUUGGGUUCAGCAGGGAAAUGCAGCCAGUUUUAGGAACUUGGAUUCUGCUCUCGCUGACAAUAACCUCGACUCUGACUUAAAGCAACAAAUAAUCACUCAUCCAAGUGACUUGAAAGCAGAAUUCAUCAGAUACUUCCCAGAUAUAGAUGACAAGCGUGAAGCCUGGAAAUUCAUCAGGAACCCAUUUCAAUGUGAAGUAGCUGAUGUUGCUGAUGAAGUCCAAGAAGAGUUCCUAGAAUUGAAGUUCAACUCUACAGCUAAAGAAGACUUCAAAGAUAUGGAUUUGGAGACGUUCUGGGUCAAAUACCUUCCUGUUUACCCUCUGAUCUCACAACAGGCUCUUCGGAUUCUAACAAUGUUUGGAUCCACAUAUCUAUGUGAAACUGCAUUUUCCACGCUCGUUGCUAUCAAAACCAAGUACAGAAACCGCCUGAACGUUGAAGGGGACUUACUUUGUGCACUCUCAAGCAUUCGACCACGUAUUCAAGAUCUGGUAGCUAAGAAGCAGUGUCAAAUAUCUCACUAA